AUGAUAAUAUUAUACAUCCUUUACUCUUCCAAUCUUCUUUUAUUAACCACUGAAAAACGAGAUUGUUCCACCAACGUUCGUUUAGAUGCAGCCGCAGAUGAAAAACUUGAGAUGAUUAGUACUGGAAAUAUAUCCAAAACUACAUCAUCUAUAAUUGAAAAAGAAGUUUCAAACGAGAAAAAAAUGAAACAGGACAAAACAACAAAGGAUAAAGAAGAACAGGAGCAAGAUGAAGAAGAAUUGUCUAUUGAUGAUUUAUCUCAAAGACAAGACACAGAGAUCAAACACAUUGUUUUUGGGAUAGCGGCUUCAUCAAAUUUGUGGAACAUAAGAAAGGAAUACAUUAAGGUAUGGUGGAAACAUAAUGAAACAAGAGGGGUGGUGUGGAUGGAUCAAAGAGUGAAGACACGUGAUGAUGAAGAUUUACCAGAUAUUCAAAUUUCGGGGGACACUAGUAGAUUUAAGUAUACGAAUCGUCAGGGACAGAGAUCUGCUUUAAGGAUUUCAAGGAUUGUGACAGAGACAUUGAAACUUGGGUUGGAGGAUGUGAGAUGGUUCAUGAUGGGAGAUGAUGAUACUGUGUUUAUGGUUGAUAAUGUGGUUAGAGUUCUUUCAAAAUAUGAUCAUACUCAAUUUUAUUAUGUUGGAAGCUCCUCUGAGAGUCAUGUUCAGAACAUACAUUUCUCGUAUGCUAUGGCUUAUGGUGGUGGAGGAUUUGCUAUAAGCUACCCUUUGGCUAAGGAGCUUGCAAAGAUGCAGGAUCGUUGUAUUCAACGUUACCCUGCUUUGUAUGGCAGUGAUGAUAGAAUGCAAGCUUGCAUGGCUGAGCUAGGUGUUCCAUUAACCAAGGAAGCAGGGUUUCACCAGUAUGAUGUGUAUGGGGACCUAUUAGGCCUUCUAGGAGCACAUCCUGUUGCCCCACUAGUGUCAUUGCACCACCUUGAUGUAGUGCAACCGAUAUUUCCAAAGAUGAACAGAGUACAAUCACUACAGCACUUAAUGAAAUCUGUGAAGCAAGAUUCAGGUAGCAUAAUGCAACAGUCAAUUUGCUAUGACAAAAAGAGAUACUGGUCCAUCUCAGUUUCAUGGGGCUAUGUUGUUCAAGUUCUUAGGGGAGUGUUGUCCCCUAGAGAGUUAGAGAUGCCAACAAGAACCUUUCUUAAUUGGUAUAGAAGAGCUGAUUACACUGCUUAUGCAUUCAACACAAGGCCUGUAACCAAACACCCUUGUCAGAAAGCUUUCCUUUUCUAUAUGAACGGAACUCGAUAUGAUCCUGUUAAGAAGCAAAUUAUUGGUACAUAUGCACGUUACAAAUCUAAACCUCCUGAUUGCCGGUGGAAAAUGGACUCACCAGAGGAUAUCGAUAACAUUGUAGUUUCAAAAAGACGAGAUCCUCUUCGCUGGCAAAUGUCACCAAGGAGGGAUUGCUGUAGAGUUCAACCGUCACGUCACUCACAUAAGGGUUCAACUUUGUACAUAUCGGUUGGCAACUGUCGAAAGGGAGAGGUUAGCGAAUUGAUCCUUAAAGGUGGAAGUUCAGCUUCCAAAUUCCUAUGA